UUACUGCAGAAAGGAAAGUGAAUUUUAUCGUCAAAAGUCAAAAACAGUAACUGAUGUUAGUUGAAUGAACAUCCAACUAUCCAACAAUGGUUUGAUCUUGUCUAUGCACCAAACUAGAUCAUGCUUUGGACAUAAGCCUCCUUUAAUGCAAAACCAAACCACUCCUUGCCCCCUCGACCCCACCAUCAAUCCCCCCAAAUACGUCCACCUACACGCUCGGAACCACCCAACCCAAAAGCCUUACCUCUUCUCGCUUCCCAUCCCGUUUGCCUCACCAAACGCCCCUUCCAAAAAAACCCCUGUCGUGGAACCCAAAGAAAAAAGAAAAAAUAUACAGUAGUUGUGGUUAGAAAAAAAUAUAUAAAAGGAGGGGAAGAAGAUGUACCGGGAUGUUUCAAGCUGCAACACCUACAACUAUGGCGAUGCCUUGUACUGGGACGCCCGUUAUGUUAUGGAAGCUGGAGGUGCCUUUGACUGGUACCAGCGUUACUCUUCUCUUCGCCCUUUUAUUCGUAACUACGUCCCUACCUCCUCUCGUGUCCUCAUGGUCGGCUGUGGAAAUGCCCUUAUGUCGGAGGACAUGGUCAAGGAUGGAUAUGAAGACAUUAUGAACAUUGACAUUUCCUCAGUGGCUAUUGACAUGAUGAGAAGGAAAUACGAGUAUAUUCCUCAGCUGAAAUACAUGCAAAUGGAUGUUAGGGAUAUGAGUUUUUUUGGGGAUGAAUCUUUUGACGGUAUCAUUGAUAAAGGAACUCUUGAUUCUUUGAUGUGUGGCACGGAUGCUCCAAUAAGUGCUUCUCGGAUGCUGGGUGAAGUGAGCAGGCUUCUCAAACCUGGAGGGAUCUAUAUGUUGAUAACCUAUGGUGAUCCAUCAGUGAGGAUGCCUCAUUUGAGCCGGCCAGCUUAUAAUUGGACUAUUGUGUUGUACAACCUACCCAGACCAGAUUUUAAGAGGCCUGGAGGUAUUUCAUCAACAAGGUCAUACUUGGAGCCUGUUCCUAUCACUGAAAGGGGCUUAAUUCCGGCCGACUUUGUUUUGGAAGAUCCGGAUUCUCACUUUAUAUAUGUAUGCAAAAAGAUGGAUGACACAGAGCUAAGUAGGAUAUCCACCCAUCCAUUAACAGCUGACAUUUUAUAGUGUGAAUAAGUAACUUUGAAGUGCUGAGAUAGCAUUUUACUCUGCUGUACAAGCUUCAAAAUUGCAUUUUGUAUAAUUAUCGGCACUUCCACGAAUUAGGACAGAUCAUUCUCUUGUGUGUAACAAAAAAAGAAUUCUAUUUUUGUUGUUUGACAUGUUAGGUCAGCUGUUGAACACUAAAAAAUAAGAAGCCAAGGAAAAGAUAACCCUGAUGGAAGAAUGCUAGUGAUUUAAAGUAUCGUUGGCAUGUUUCGUUUCCUUUAUCUGCACUGAUCUUAACACUCGUAAUCAUACAUCUUUCUUA